ACCCAGAGGUAGAUUCCUACUUAACAGUAACCUCAAACCAAUCUAACCUAAAAAACUUUCAUCACGUUGUAAUAUAAACAAACAUAAAACAUGCCAUCUAACAUAAAGUUUAACGACGCUGACGACUACGAACCGUCAGACUCCGACGAUGACUACACCGAAAAAGAAAAGUCGUUGCUAAAAAAAGUGCGCACACGAAAACAGAAAUAUUCAGACAGUGAAGAAGAAGUUUUGGGUGUUGGUGGUGAUGAAGAAAGUGAUGAUCAAAGUGACAUUGCCUUAAGUGAUGUUGAGGGACAAGAUGAAGGAGAUGACUUGCCUAACGAAAGGGCCUGGGGCAAAGAUAGGAGGAAGUUUUACUCAACUGAUUAUGUGGAUGCUGAUUAUGGUGGUUUUGAUGGCAAGGAUGCCCAGAUGGCUGAGUUGGAAGAAGAGGAGGCCAGAAAUUUACAAAAACAACUGGCUGAACAACUUGAUGAUGACGAUUUUGCUUUGGAUUUGUUUGUAAAAAAAACAGAUGAGGAGAAAAAACACAUUGAGGAAGUUAUCAAAACUGAUGUUACAAAGUUGUCAAAGAGGGAAAAGUUGCAGUUAUUGGAAAAGGAAUCACCGGAGUUGUUUGGACUUAUAGAAGAUUUUAAAGUAAAACUUGUCAUUGCAAAAGAUUUUUUACAACCAGUUUUAAACCAAUACAGACAAGGAAAAAUUCCAAAUUGUGGUGCUAUUGAUUUUGUUCAAACUCAUUAUGAAUUGAUACUGAAUUAUUUCACAAAUAUUAAUAUGUAUUUGUUACUAAAGUCAAAAAGGGUUCCUGUGGAAAAUCACCCAAUUGUUAAAAGAUUGUUUCAAUACAGGCAGCUCUUAAUGCAGUUGGAUAGCACAUAUGAAGAAAUAAUUAAACCACAAAUAGAAGUUUUACUCCUUGAAAUUGAAAAAGAUGAAAUAGAUGAGAAGAAGGAAAAGAAAACAUUGAAUUUGUUAUCAAAAUUAUCUGAAAUUAAAACCAAAACUAAGAAAGAUGAAAAUGCCAAAAAGAAAAAGGCAGUUCAAUUUGCUGACGAGCAGCCAUCUAAAAAGUUUAAACUGGAUCAACCUGAAGAAAAUUCUGAUAGUGAUGAAGACAUGGAGGUUGGAAAUGAUGCACUUGAAGAAGAUGAAGCAUCAAAGGAGGAAACAGAAAAUGGUAAAAGGGCUAUAACUUAUCAGAUGGAAAAGAACAAAGGUUUGACACCACAUAGGAAGAAGGAAUUAAGAAAUCCCAGAGUCAAAAAUAGGCAGAAAUUCAGAAAAGCAGUGAUUAGAAGGAAGGGAGCUGUACGAGAACCUAGGAAAGAAUUAUCCAGAUAUGGUGGAGAAAUUUCAGGCAUUAAGGCCUCUGUGACAAAGAGUAUAAAAAUUAAGUCUUAAAAUUAUUAGAAUCAUCAAAGAAUUGUAUUUUUUUAUAAUUCAAUAAAUAAUACAAUUAAAAGUAAAAGUUAUAAAUUUA